CAUGCGAGGAGGGAAAACUCUGUGAGUGAGAGAUGUGUGGCAAAGGGAGCGUCGAUUUUCGCUUGCGUUAUAUUGUCGCUUUGCAUGCGGAAUCUGUAGCAUCGCACCUCCUUUCUUCUCUUCUCUUGUUUUUCGGUGGUGGUGUGUUCGUGCAGAGGAAGGCCCCUCAAGAGGACUUCCGUGCCCAGAGUGUUUGUUGCACAUCGUGUCUGGUGUUGUGUGAUAACAUCGCAGUGAUUCCCUGAAUUUUUUUCUCGGUCGUGCUGAAAAUCCCCCAAAAAGCACCCCCUACGGUGAAAACAAAAAAAAAGGGCGCAGGAAAAUCAAUUGAGAACAACAAGAAGAAAAAAAAAGAAGAAAGAGAGUCUUUGGCAAUUAGUAAAAGAAGGAGCGAGGAGUGGGUGGAAAGGAUGAGUUCGGCAGCUCAAGCGGAGAAUUAUCAAUUAAAGUGGCACUCCCACCUGUCGAAUUUGAAUUCCUCAGUUGCCACACUUUACAGAAAUGACAAAUUCGCCGACGUGAUGCUCCUACCGAGCAACAGUGUGGAGUGUGGUGUGGGGAUUCCUGCUCACAAAAUCAUCCUGAGCACCUGCAGCCAUUACUUCGCAUCGAUCUUUGAGAACAAUCCAACACCCCCGAAUUCCCUGAUCUACGUCGUCCUCCCAGCUGAGCUGAGCCGCAAAGCGCUCCAGAUUCUCAUUCAGUACAUGUACAGUGGUGAAGCCACCGUAUCCAACGACAUCCUCAACGAAGUCCUCCGCGGUGGGGAACUCCUCCGCAUUCGCGGUCUCUGGCGCAGUAGCCACCACGCCGAUGCACAAGCCCCAUCGCGCCCCACUGAAGCAGCUGGAGCCACGCGAGUGAUCAAGCAGGAAGUCAGUGUCAUUGAUAAGCACCUCCCGGAAAUGGUGGGGAAGCCACCGAGCAAUGGAGCCCUCAAAGAGAGCCCUGUGCUCGUGAUGCAUCCCCACGUGUCGGCUGCACCACCUGCCUACACGACGGCUCCUGUGCAGAAUAUUGCCGUGAAGAAGGAUGUGGCAAUUGAUCCGGGUGAGGGUCGACCUAUCCCUUCGAGUCACUACGGGCUGGUGUCGCUGCAAAUAGCUGCGGCUGUUAAGAAAGCUCAACAGCACUCUGAGAAACGCAUCAAAAGCUUAUCAAGUGAAAACGGCCAGUCGGGGCAGAAUGCGCCGGGAAAGUCUUCGGAAGCAGCCACAUCACGUUGUAUCCUCACAGCUGAUCUCCGUAGUGAUUCCUCACGUUCCAGCGGGGAAUCCCGUCGCGUGCUGGAGGUGGCUCCACGUCAAGAUCUUCCUGAGAGUGAGCACGAUCUGAGCUUCCUGGGCAUUAAGCAGGAGCCCGUGGAAUGGGGGGAGUUUGAGCAGCAAAAUGGCGUCGAGAGGCAGCACAUGGAGAUCACGGUGAAGCCCGAAAUGGUGUAUCAGGAUGAUGCUGCCGAUGAUCACCAUGAGGACAUGCAGGAGCCCAUCUAUUCACCACUCACGUGCGAAUUGUGCAGCGAAACCUUCACCAUUCCCGGCGAAUGGGUGCGUCACAUUGAGAAUUUCCACUCAGACUCCCCAUCGCAGACGGUACCCAAGAAGAGGCGACGAACUGAUGACAACACGAGCGAUAACAUUGCAGCUCUGCGGUGUGAUUUGUGCUCCAUGUUCUUCAUAACACCAGCCGAAUGGGUCAGGCACGUGCAAAACACGCACACGGAAACGGAACUGGCCAUCUCCAAUAACAGCGCACCCCCAAAGAGAAACAUCCGCGUUAGCCGGCCUAUGGAUGGUCAGACACAGGACAAGUGUUGCUCCAUCUGCCACAAAACCUUCCCAUCGUACGCAAGCAUGGAGAUCCACAAGCGGACACACACAGGUGAGCAUUCCAGGAGCCAUCCUGAGCACUGUCGUGAGGCCCCCAUAGGUGAAAGGCCCUUCUAUUGCAGCCUGUGCAGCAAGGGAUUCAAUGUAAAGUCCAACCUCCUGCGCCACAUGCGCACGCUCCACAAUCAAUUCAUCAAUCCAUCGAGUGUCCAGGACCAAGCGGAUCUGGAUAGUGGCUCCGAGUGAUGCUGGCACGUGUCCAAAGGCUUAAAUGGUUAGUGAAUCGACGGUGUAAGUUAAUGCAAAAACAACAUAACUUUUCUCUUAUAAAAUCUCCUUGUCGUUGUGGUAGAAAAAAAAGAAGAAAACAAUGCAGAGUAUAUAAGGAAACCCCUUGUUCCCCCUCAAUUAAUAGGAUCCUCCUCAUUCAUGGGAUGUGCGCCCCCAUUUCAUCCCUUAAUUAUUUGAUUUUUCAAAAUAAAAUUCUUCCCGUAGACCACCGUAGAAAGUUUAUUCGUGUUGAGCGAAAAGAAGAAAGAAUUUUCCAAAAAUAAUUGAAAAUUAAAGAUUUUUUUCUAGAACUUCAAAACUAUUCUAAAAUUUUCCUAAAAGUUCAAAAACUUAAGGAAAAAUGAAAAAAAAACUCUUCCCAAAAGUUUUUCAAGAUGAUUUCAAUUGUCUUUAUUGCAAUUUAAUGAACUUAACAUCAAAUUUCUCAAUCUCCUAGAAUCUAUUACCUAAAAGUUUCAACAAUAUUCCUUUUCAUAUCAAACUAACCUGUAGAGAAAAGAAAAAUAAAAAAUUCUAUAAAUUAAAUAAAAGCGAAAAAGAAGAACGUUCAACGCACAUCCCAAAUGUUUUCCAUUCCCAAAUAAAGAAAAUCCUUAAACAAAAAAUAAUUCCUUUCGAUGUUCUUUCGUGCAAUUUGAAGAAUUUGUAAAUAGGACAAAAAUUAUUCAAGUGAUUAUAUUUUUUACGAUAUAUACAUUUAUUAUAAAAAUAAAUUAUGGAUUUAUUUGGAAAGAGAAGAAAUAUAGAUUAAAAAUUCUGGAAACCAA